UUUAAAACGAUAUACAUAUUGGUCAAACAAUAAGCAUGAUGAACAACAGCACGUUACCGACGCAUACCUACUUGAGAUAAGACUCUGUAUACAGAUAUAGAGUGAUAUGUAUAAAGCACGUAAUGUGACUAUUAAUAAUUCUAACUUGGGUAACGGUUAGAUCUACGGGGUGCAACGGCAAUGUGAGACAAAUAAGCGCAUAUUCUGACCAAGCAGUGGGUGGGCUGUGGCUGGGAAGAUUUGGGAGUUUGGGGUGGUUCUUUCUCCGGGUCUGAUGUACCCCCUCUGUCCCACAUGCAUAUUUCAUUAAUCAGGGCAGCAUUUGCGGAGUACAGCGCAGUUUCGCGUCGUUCGUCAACCAGCCCGAAAUUAGGUCCGACUGCCCGGUCAAACUCAAGGAAAGACUCGACGAAUAGGAAACCUGAGAAAACUGUGAGCGAUGAAACACUUCUGGACACUGAUGCUGUUGCUGGUGGAAGCGGCCGAGCCCGCAAGUGUUGCUUCUCUGAACAUUUCGCAGGACGAGCAACGAUUGUCUUUGGGAAGAACUCCUACCUGGCUUACAUCCGUUUUAUCAAAAUGGGAAUAUGACUCGACCAUGGGGGUGUAUAGAAAUAAGGAUGAUGAGCUAGGAAAUUAUGAUACCCCUCUGUUUAAAUCCGACCCCACGCACAGAAGAGUACCGCGGGGCGCAAAGUUGAAGAGCAUCCAUGCAAUUGACCAACAGAUUCCGUUCAGCCACAGGUACAAAUAUGACAAUUCUACUACACCAAAAACUACCAAGCACACAAACAUCCCAUGGACACUGGAUAACGACAGCGGGGAAAGGGCAAGCGGCGCUCCUGAGACGGAUGACUCGGGGAACCGCAGCGCCACGAAGAGGGCGACGCAGCGCAUCUACAACCCGCUGUAUCCCGUAACGGACAGCGCCUACAGCGCCUACGGGCUGAUGUUCCUGUCGCUCAUCGUCUUUGCCGUGGGCAUCGUCGGCAACUUGGCGGUGAUGUGCAUCGUGUGGCACAACUAUUACAUGAAGAGCGCCUGGAACUGCAUCCUGGCUGGUCUGGCUUUUUGGGAUUUUUUGAUACUUUUCUCCUGCUUGCCUGUGGUGGUCUUCAAUGAGAUAACCAAGAAACGCUUGUUGGGGGACGUAUCCUGCAAGAUCGUGCCUUACCUAGAGGUGUCUUCCCAGGGUGUGACCACCUUCAGCCUGUGUGCCUUGGCCAUCGACCGCUUCCACGCGGCCACCAGCAUGCAGCCCAAGGCCCAGCGGUUGGAGUCAUGCCAAUCCAUCCUGGCCAAGCUGGCCGUGGUGUGGGUGGGCUCCAUGGUGUUGGCGCUGCCCGAGCUGUUGCUGUGGCAGGUGAGCCAGGAUACUCCAGCGCCUCCUAGAGUCCUGGAGGAGUCUUGCUCCAUGAGGCCAUCUCCCAGCCUUCCAGAGUCAGUCUACUCGUUGGCGCUCACCUAUCAUGACGCACGCAUGUGGUGGCACUUCGGGUGCUACUUCUGCCUGCCGGUACUCUUCACACUCUCCUGCCAGCUGGUCACUCGGCGGGUCACGUGCCGCGACGACAGCUCCUCCCCACCCGCGGGCCCCAAGCACGCCGAGUGGCAUGGGGGGCGGCGGCUGGACUCGGUGGUGACGGUGCUGGCGCUGGUGUACGGUGCGUGCACGCUGCCCGCCAGUGGCUGCAGUGCGGCGCUGGCCUACGGCUCCGAGCGCAUGCCCCCUGGCGCUCGUUCGCUGCUGGCUCUGGUCGCCCAGUUCCUUCUGUUUGCCCGGGCUUCAGCCACCCCCCUCCUCCUGCUGUGCUUGUGCCGCCCGCUCGGCCGAGCCUUCGCCGACUGCUGCUGCUGCUGCUGCUGCGUAGACCACCUGCCUGACAGCGAUUCCUCCACCCCCACCACACCCUCCACGCCUUCCACCCCGUCCACAGCUUCCUCCAGCGCCCCCAUCAGCGGGGUCCAGGCUUCGGGACCUCCGUCUGUCCGCCUCAUUAAGAGCAUGCGCAGUCUGUCUGACAUGGCCAUAGGGACCCCAUGCUGAAGCAGCACCCCUACCCACACUGUACCGUGAGGCACCUUUCAUACAAGGCAGCCAUUGCACGCUGCCCCCGGUGGAUGGGUAUGUUAUUUCUUUAUCAGGGCCACUCAAUUAUCACUUUCCCUCCAUCUUAACCUUCUGAGUAAUAAUCCUGAGCCCCCGCCCCGCCCCCCCCCCCAAAAAAAAGUGGUCUCCUGUCAUAUCUCUGCCCACUGUCUGUCACAACCUUAGGUUAAAUUCAGUGUUCCUUGAACUGGUCCUUGGGAAACCCCAGUCCACAUUUUUGCUCCCUCCCAGCUUCCGGUCAGACAGUUUGAUGAGAGGCAGCAAAAACGUGAACUCUCUGGGGGCCCACGAGGACCGGGCUAACAAAACACUGCUCUAAUCUGUAGGUCAUCUUACCACAUAUGAAAAAAAAAAAAACACAUUUCUGCCUUUCCGCAAGUUGUUAUUUAGCUAUUUUGUUCGUUGUGAAAGUAACAUCAUUAACUGUUCGUCAUGAGCACUAACGGUAUUAGGCUUACAGUAGAUAAGUUAGUCCUGCUCUGAUUAUUUUAGCUUCAUGGUGCCUCAAGGUUGCUGGUCCACAGGAAGUACAAAAUACCGCUCAAAGCGGCUUUUCUGACUCGUCAGCUCUGCAGCCAACCGCAAGCAGGGAUUUGCGGCUCAAUGUUGGCUCUAUCUGUCUGAACAGAGAUUGGACCAUUUCUCGAUGGAGAUGGACUGACCUUUGACCUAAUAUUGUUACUGCACACACAGACGGGCAGAAACUGACUCUUAACUGUCUGCCUUGGACCCAUUGAGACAUGUGCUAUCGACUGUCCGUUCUCUUUGUCCUGCGUGCUCAAGUGUCACUGGGUGACGUUAAAGACAUUUAAGAGGCUGCUGUUUCCCCCACAUUGCUGCAGCAGCGUUGUAAAGCAAUAACACAUUCCUGCGUUCAAACUCUGCUCUUCCAACAUGGGGAGGUUUCACCAAACAUUGCAGUGCUUGCGAAGCCAGAAAGUACAUUCAGGGCCCAGUCCUGGCUGAUUUCUGUACCAUUAGCUUUAACACUGUCAGCGUUUAACAGGGCAAACCAAAAUUUCUGCUUGAUAGAAGUGAAGCAUUGUUAGACUCCAUCCACAUUAGACAAUUAUCCAGAAAUGUCUUCCUCUUUUCACGUUAGUAUACAUAGGGUAACAUUCAGCACCAGAAACAGUAUUUCUCAUUUACAAUAAUGUGCGUCCACAUAAGCAUUUUGUUUUCAGUAUGAGGAAUAGACUGAAUGUCUUUGUGAAAAAUCUGUAAAAAGACCCAACCAUUUGUAUAAAUGGAGGCUUUUGUCUCAAUACACUGUAGAGCAAGUCGACUCCUCCAGUUCAUACAUUUUAAUGAUUGUGAAACCCUUUAUACAAUAAAAAAAAAAAAAGGUUUGUGCUGUUUCCACCAAUUGCGUUCUACUUGUGUUUGAACACAUCGUUCUGGGAUGAUCGCCACGCACAACUGGAGCCUUUGUGAAGGUUGGCGCUGGGGGGGGGGGCGCAUUUUAUGAACCUCACCAUCCUACUCAUGCAGAACCAUCCCAUGACCCUGGAUGUUUCUCUGCCCACCUCACUGGGCCGCAGACAGGAGAGGUUUAUUCCACCCCAAAGUGACACUUUUGUUCGGGUGGGACCCCCCCCCCCGCCAAGUUACCAAGCUACCGGCUACAUUGAGGCACCCAGUGGGGCCAUUCCAGGACAUGUGGGUCAUCACUCUCCCACCUCCCACAGUUUUCAUGGAAUACAGCCCUUUGUCUGCUGCCCCCCCUUCAUGACGCAUCAUCCAUCAGCUUCAUACUUCGCGGGACCGCCCUUGUGCCUAACAGACUGGCCUGCUUUCUGGAGAGCAGAUGUCACUAUGUGUUUUGGUUGCCAUAACAACACCCAUCACCUAGGACAGCAUGGUCCAUAAUUAUAGCAGUAAUUAAAGAUUCUCUCCUGUUA